CUGUUCAUAUAGUGUCAGAUAAAGAGAAAGUAAGGACGGAGACAGACGAGGAGGAGGAGGAAGAAAAUCAUCUCCCAGACCAAUGGAUUCACGAACACCAUGGAAAAUUUCUCUUCAUUGAAUGUUUCCUGCAAAAACAUGCAGCCAAGAUGAAAAUGUGGAUUCUUGUUCUGUGCCUGAGUUAUGGAUGGAUGCAAACAGCCUUCACAGCUGCUGUAACCCCUACGCCCUCCUCUGCACCCGUGACACCUACUGAAGAUGAGAGCACACAGCUGGUGGACUGGUUGAUGAAGUAUGGCUACCUCCCACCCCCAGACCCCUCCACUGGUCAGCUACAGGCCUGGACAGCUGUCACUAACGCUGUCAAGUCCAUGCAGAGGUUUGCAGGCCUCAAAGACUCUGGAGUUGUAGAUGAGGAGACAAUGGCAUUGAUGAAUAGUCCACGAUGCUCCCUGCCUGACCAGGGUGAACCAUCCCAAUCUCCAGCGAACUCAAAGGCGAGGAACAUAAAGAGAAGGAGGAGGAGAGCUAUCUCCAUGUGGACACGCAGAAACAUCAACUGGAGGUUACAUACAUACCCGUCCUCCUCCCAUCUGUCCCGGGAAAUGAUCCGCUCAUUGGUCUUUUAUGCUUUAAGAGUGUGGGCAGAACCAACACCACUGGAGUUCCACGAGGUAGGCAGUCCAGAGGCAGCUGACCUACAGGUAGACUUCCUCCAUGGUUACCACGGUGAUGGCUAUCCCUUUGAUGGGGCAGGCGGUGCAGUCGGUCACGCUUUUUUCCCAUCAGACCCUGACCGGGCAGGAGGAGUUCAUUUGGAUGCAGAGGAGGAGUGGACCUUCAGGCAGCCAGCCUCUGAAGGUACUGAUCUGUUUACAGUGCUGGUCCAUGAAUUUGGCCAUGCACUGGGCCUUUCUCACUCCUCAUCCCGCCAUUCAGUGAUGAGGCCUUAUUACCAGGGUCCUGCUGGAGACCCUCUCCACUACAGCUUGGGAGCUCAAGAUCUGGAGACCAUCACACAGCUCUAUGGUAAAAGGAACCAGCUGCUGGCCACUGAAGCUCCUCACCGUGCCCCAGAGUCUCAGUUGCACCACAAAGGCCACCAGCAUCAUCGUCACAGAUAUGGUACCUUCAUAGAUCGCUGUAACACCAGUUUUGAUACCGUGGCAAGGAUUCGCGGAGAGACUUUCUUCUUCAAAGGUCUGACGAUGUGGCGAGUUAAUGGUGGUGGUUUGGUAUCAGGUCGCGGAGCUUCUGUCAGGAGAUUGUGGAGGGGUCUACCACCUGACCUACCUCGACUUGUGGCUGUGAUGGAGAGACAGUCAGAUCACGCCAUCAUCUUCAUCAGUGGUUCCCAGUACUGGCUAUUCAGGGAUCUGUCCCUUCAAGAAGACUACCCUCAGCCCCUGUCUGCCCUCAGGAUGGGGGUGAACUUAGCUGGAGCAGAUAAAGUGGAGGAGGAGAAGGAGCGGGAGGCAACAGCAGAGAGGUGGGGCCUGGUCUGGGACCCAGUGGAAGGCCCUGUAUGGGGGAACAUGGGAGGCACUGAGGAAGAGAAGCAAGAAGACACCUGGACUAAGCUGCUCAGAGAGGGGGUCAGUGGAAUCACCACAGACAGUGAUGGCUCCGUUUAUCUCUUCAAAGGAGACUCCUACUGGAAGUUCACGUUUCCAGGCUCUUCACCGCUGGACGGAUACCCACGAUCCUCUGCUGCAGACUGGCUGGACUGCACGGACUCCUCCUCAUCCUCACCUGUGCAGGACAACUUCUCCCUGUCUCUGUCUCCACCUGCAGGAAGGCAGGAGCUCAGGGAGAGAUGGAGGGAGGAGAGAGAGAAGGAGGAAGCAGCAGCAGGCAGGAUGAGGGGCAGACAUGGAGAUACACAUAAAGACGGAGGUUCGCACAUCUGGACACAGUGUAGCUGCCAAAAUGGAGCUCUGGGUAGCAGGAAGGCCUUUUUUAAUGCAGCCUUGCUGCUGAUUACAUGCACACUGUUGGCUGUUUAAAACUAUCUUAUGAGGCUGAAUCAGAAGACGACAGAGUCGUCUGCAAACAUUCAUCAUGAGAUGAGAAGAGCAAUACCAUUUUCAUUGUCAGUACGGAACAGGGGUCAGGAUGUGGUUAGCUUAGCUUAGCAUAAGGAAGCAGAAUGAAACCUGGUAAUUUGUCAUUUUGGUGUCAGAUAAGGUCACUGAGCAUGUCUUCAACGUGAUGAGUCUGGCUGUUGCUAUGCCAACAAGUAGCUCCAACACAUGAUUAUUCCUUGCCCUUUAUUGUUUGUGUUUGGAUGAAACAAAUGCAACACUUUAGAGUUGUUGGAAAGUAUAUUCUUAACCCAGGCUGGCUGCUUCCCCAUGCUUCCUGGUGAGCCAUGUCCUAACUUCAGCUCUGUACUCAAAAGGGUGCAUCAACAUCGAUAAAGCAGAACCAGAAAAAAGACAACGUGAUGCCAGCAUUAUCUACAAUGCAACCGUUUGGUUGGGAAACUCCAGUGACUCAAGUAUGCUAGUGGUGGCCAAAGUUGGCAAAAGUACACACAUUCUUUACUCAAGUGGAAGUACAGAUACUGUAAAAAAUAAUAAUAAUAAAAAAAAAGAGUGGUAAAUGUAGUACUGAUUCAACUUUUUGAUAAAGUACAGCCUCUGAAAUGUACUCGGUGUACAAACAUAAGCACGUACUCUCUUGGUUUCUCCCAAUUUCCGUCUGUCCUGUGUGAUAUGCACAUAUCACCUUGUCCCUGUAGUUUGACUCAUCGUUGUUGUUGAUGAGCCCUACCACAGUUGCGGGAACAAGUGAAACUGUAGGAGGUAAAAGCUGCAUUUGUGAAAUAAAAAUAAAAAACUGAAAAAAAUAAACUGCAAGUGAUGCACUGAUACCUGAAAAAACUUAAUUAUAUGUUACUUCCCACCUCUGGAAACAGCGAAUAUUGGCUGCAGCAGAGAUGAGGAGCCUACAGAGGUCUAGUUUGUAACUCCACACCAACUUUCACAGAGCUUCAGCUACAUUUCUUUGUCACAUACAGUAGUUCCAGCCACCUGGAACGGCUUAAAUAGAGACAGACAGGAGAUUGGAAUCUAGUCCAUUCAUCUUAAACACGAGAGAGCAAAAAUGUGUAUUUGUAAAUAUCUUGAACUAUGCAUUUCAGUUUGGUAUAUAUGGUCACUGGUAUGUGAUACCUCUACACAAGAAAUGAGUGACAAAAUAAAAAUAAUACAUUUUGGUCAUUGUGUACUAACAAAGAUAACAAUAAUCAGCUCUUUAGUCUUUUCCAACAGGAGCUCAGCUGGAUGGAAACAUUUUGUUUUUGAUCUAUAAUAUAUAAGGGGGGCACAGAAUACCAUAGCGGUCUUUGCCUAUCUUUGUGGAGUGGAAAGUGGAAAAUUUGAACAAACAUUAAACUCACCCACGCUGUGAUGAUUUUAGCACAAAGAAACAGUGUGUGUCAGUUAUGAAGUGUCAUUGUAAAGCUUUUUUCUUCAAAAUGUGUUAAUUAAGAUGAAGUUCUUAUUGGAUCAUGUGAAGGUGUUUUAUCCUGACAGGUUCUUGUUCACAUGGAGAUAGCAGUUGUUGGUUUCUAUGCUGCACAUGUUUCUUGAAUUUUUUUUUUAAUCUCUAAAGAUUAUUUUCCCGGCCACUUCAGUGGUGAGCUGUCUGACUGGUGUGGACUUUUCAUCAGAUAUAGGUAUUCCACAGUGGUUAUGAUCAUAAUGAAUUAGACAUUCUGGAUUUGAGGUGGACUGGUUUAAGUUUGUCUGUGUUCUCACAUAACUCUUUAUGUUGCAUGAAGGCCUGAGAGAGACAGAGUUUCUUCUUUUGUAUAUAGAAACAUCUACUCCAUAGACUUGCAAAGUAGAGGUUAUAUCACAUAGCAUUAUUUAUAUUGUGUUUGGUUCUUUUUGUACAAAUGUCAAUCCAUAAUAAAGAAGUAAA